AUGGAUACUCAAUUUUUUACAAGCAGCACAAGGUAAGAUUUUUAAUCUAUUGAAUUAGCAUGAGUUCAUCAUCUUCAUCAAGUUCGAGAAAAGGAUCUCAAGAAUGCUUUAGUGAUUUUGGAAUUGAUAAAAAAUCUAGGAAAAGUAAAAAGAGUGCAAAUCGAAGUUCCUCUUUUGCUUUAGGCUCUGUAACUGAAGUUUCAGAAGAUAUUGAAGAUUAUUUAGUAAUACAAGAUUUAAUCAAUUAUUAGAUGAGUCGUUUGCCACACUUCUAGAUGGUAAAUGAUAACAAUGAAUUUAGAGAACGAAUUCCUCCAAGAUUAAAAAGGAAUGAAAAAUAUCAAAAAAGAAGAGCAUCUUUAAGUCCACAUGGAACAAAUGGGUUAGCAAAGGUUGAAGAGGUAAUUGGAGAAGAUGAUGAAUUAAAAAACAAAUGCAUAUUUAAACUUGGUUUAAUGUUAGAUAAAGAUGAAUUUAAUGAUAAAAGAAGAAGAUUGUUAUAAUCUAAAGAUAGAAUUAAUAUUGAAAAAGCAACAACAACAAAUUUAACAAUUUUAGAAGAUGCUUAAGAAAAUGUCAAAGAAUUACAAUAACAUGUCAUGAGUCCUACUUAUAAAUUAAAGGUUGAUGAAGUUGAUUUUGAAUAAGAAAAAAAGCAAUGGCAACCAUAAGAAAUAAUAGAAGUUAUUGAAGAAGAAAAACCAGAUAAUAUAGUAAAUAUUAAAGAAAAAGAAAUGUUUUAAAAAAGUAUUAACAUUAUAUAAAUAUUAUAGUUAAAAAGAUUUUACAUGAAGAAAGAGAUUUCUUAAAAAGAAUUUUAAAAGGAGAGUUAAAUAAAUAAGAAGAUAUUUAAAAAAAAUAAUAAUUCUAAUCAGAAGUAGGUGAAACAAAUUGGAAUUAAUUAAUUUAAGAAGCAGAAGAGUAAGUUAAUAGUGAUGAAGAUUACUAAUGA